UAUGAAUAGAUCGUAGCAGUUAAAGGUUUCAGUACCUCUUUUAAGACUAAGGCUUUUUUUAUUACUUGAAUGGAAAACUAGAUAUUUUAGUUUUCGCCUAAUCAAAUUUAUGUCUCCUAAUCAAAUAAAUUAUCCAGCCAGUUGGUAUGUACCGUGGGAAAUACGAGUGGGCGAGUCCUCGAAUUGCCAUGACUGGUGACUGCUCGCUACGCAUUCGAUCCGCCAAGCUGCAUAUUGACGACGGACAGUGGCGAUGCCAAGUCACUGCCAGUAACUAUAACAUUCAGGAUUCCCUAUCCAGUCAACCAGCGAUACUCGCCGUACGCGUUGCUCCGAAAAUGCCAAGUAUUUACUACAACGGCUCACGUGUUCUUACGGAUCAUAGUAUCAGUCUAGCUGCCGGGUCUAAAACAACUAUCAUCUGCGAGGUCAGAUAUGGUAACCCACCGGCUUACAUUGAAUGGUUGUUAGAAAAGGGUCAGGUUAUAGCAUGGAGUCAAACAAAUACAUCAGAAGUAGACCACCCUCAUUUGUGGGCAGCGCGCGCUGUACUGGAGGUGAUCCCGACCAGAGCCACACAUCGCAAGCAACUUGUUUGUCGAGCACAUCAUCCUUCUUAUCCGCCGCCGUACUAUAAAGAUGCGUAUAUUAUGUUUGACGUCAAAUUUAUUCCAGUUGCUUCAAUUGUAAGACCGGACGGGGAAGGACUAUCUAUGCUUGAAGAAGGUUUAAGCUCUUUAACAUUACAUUGUAAGGGAGACGGUAAUCCAAAACCUAAUGUAUGGUGGACAAAAAACGGUCAAAGAAUAGUCACUGAUGGUCCUAAUCUUAUAAUUGAGUCUGUUACGAGAAAUGAUUCAGGUAUUUACAGAUGCCUAGCUAAAAAUUCUAUGGGUAAAUCCGAUUCAGUUAAAAUUGAAAUAGAUGUCAAGUUCCCUCCACAAAUAACUUGGAUAGGUCCUCGUUUGUCAGUUAACGCAAAUCUGCAUUCACAAGUUAACCUGGAUUGCAAGGCUGAUGGGAACCCGGCACCAUCGUAUCAAUGGUACUACUGGUAA